AUGACGGUUUUUAUUGCUUCACUGUUCCUCCCCAAGACUAUUCAUUUCACACUCCCCGGCACACCUCCGCGCGGGUCUCGCUCCGAGAAGCCUCAGCCCAAUCCGAGGCCAGCGCCACCUGAGCGGCAGCCUAGCCUGUUCCAACCGCCCAGUAUCACCCCGCCUCAUACUCCGACCGACGAGAAGAAGCCCAGCGGUCUUUUCACUAACGAGGAUGGGCUGCGGGUUCAUAUUCCAACAACGACAGCGGUUGGAGAAGAUGGUGUUCGUGCGCCAGCUGACCGAAGCUCUCCCACCUGGGGAGGUCGUUUAGAUCAGCCAAUGUCGCGGGCGAACUCACCGCCACCUCCUUCGUUGAUCCAGAAGGCUAGAAACCUGCAUCAGAAGGCCAAGGAGAUGGGUCGGGCCGGCAUCACACAACCUCGCACACUCGAUAGAAGCGAGAGCCACGAGAGGGUUUUUGCACAUGCCAACUGGAAGAUCGUUAACGCUGACCAGGGCAAUGGCGGUCUUCGAAAUGCUGCCGAGGCGGCUUCCAGAGAGGGAAAGGUUGGAGACUGCACUUGGGUCGGCACCCUUGGUAUGCCCACGGAUGCUCUCCAGGGCACUCAACAACUCCAAGAUAUUCAGGACAAACUCGCCACGGAGCACGACAUGCUCAGUGUCUGCCCCUCCGACAAGGACUUUGAUGGACACUACUCUCACUUCUGUAAACAAAUUCUGUGGCCAGUGUUUCAUUACCAGAUUCCCGACAACCCCAAGAGCAAGGCAUACGAGGAUCAUUCAUGGAAAUACUAUGUCAAUGUCAACCAAGCGUUCGCCGAUGUCAUCGUUAAGAACUGGAAGCGGGGCGACGUCGUUUGGGUCCACGACUACCAUCUUCUCUUGGUCCCUGGCAUGGUACGAAAGAAGCUGCCAGAAGCCAAGAUUUGCUUCUUCCUUCACGUGGCCUUCCCGUCAUCUGAGGUGUUCCGUUGCCUGGCGGUUCGGAAACAGCUGCUGGAAGGCAUGCUCGGUGCCAAUCUGAUUGGAUUCCAGAUCCACGAGUACACGAGACAUUUCCUUCAGACCUGCAGUCGACUCCUUAGUGCGGAGGCCACUCCAGAUGGACUCCAGUUGGAAGACCGCUUUGUCGACGUUGUCAACCUCCCAAUCGGGAUCGAUCCUGUUAGUCUCAGCCAGCAUCGUGAAGAAGACGAGGUUAAGAGAUGGCUGGAUACCAUGAGGGAGCGUUACGCUGGCAAGAAGCUCAUUGUUGCUCGCGACAAACUGGAUCACGUUCGUGGCGUGAGACAAAAGCUCCUCUCAUAUGAGCUUUUCCUGAAUAAGAAUCCGGAAUGGAGGGACAAGGUUGUCCUCAUCCAAGUGGCGCUUUCCACCAGCGAGAAGAGCGAGCUGGACGCGACUGUUAGCGACAUCGUCACUCGCGUCAACUCCUCGUGGGCCAACUUGGCGUACCAGCCCGUCGUCUACCUCAAGCAAGACAUCGACUAUGCACAGUAUCUUGCUCUAUUGAGCGUUGCGGACGCCCUCAUGAUCACCAGCCAACGCGAGGGCAUGAACCUAACCUCGCAUGAGUACCUCUUUUGCCAGGACGGCAAGAUCAGCGAAAAGAAGCAUGGAUCUCUGAUUCUCUCUGAGUUCACUGGCACGUCGUCCCUCUUUGGCGGAAAUGAGCUUUCGGUCAACCCUUGGGAUUAUCGGGCCUGUGCGGAUGCGAUCAAGAAGGCUCUGGAGAUGGGGGAUGAGGAGAAAGAGAUGCGAUGGACCAAGCUGUACGAGGCAGUCAACCACCACACAGGGUCUCAUUGGUUUUCCGAGAUCCUGGCUCGCCUCGAUGUUGUGUAUGAACAGCAGCACCGUCACGACCAAACCUCUGUUCCCCGACUUUCACUCAACACGCUGGUUCAACAGUACAACAGGACGGAGAGAAGGCUGUUUAUCCUCGAUUUUGAGGGCACCCUGGUCAGCUGGGGGCCAGUCAACCAGAUCAUUCCUGUCAGCCCACAGCGUACCCUUGACGUAUUGAACGACCUGCUCCUUGACGAUCGUAACACUAUUUAUGUUAUGUCUGGCCGCAGACCGGAAGAGCUGGAUCGUCUGUUCCGCCGUGUCCCUAAUCUCGGCCUCAUUGCUGAGAACGGUUGUUUCCUCAGAGACUGUGGUAGCACGGAGUGGACCGAGAUGGCUGAUGCAGAUCAAAUCCGCUCCUGGAAGGAUUCCGUCAGAGGUAUCCUGACAUACUACAUCGAGCGCACCCCAGGCGCCGAGAUAGAGGAUCGGCGCUGCUCGCUCAUCUUCCACUAUAAGUCGGCGGAAGAUUACGAAUCUGCCACCCGACAGGCCUUGGAUUGUGCUAGUCACAUCAACGACGCUUGUGAGGACCAGCGAGUCCACGCUAUUCCCAUGGAGGGCUGCGUCCUUGUGGAGCCGCUUGACUGGACCAAGAGCACGGCUGCCCAAAGGAUCUUUUCCGAUCUUCGCGACCGCAUGGCACCAGAUGCGACUCACACGUCGCCAGUGGACUUCCUCAUGGUUGUCGGUGAUGGACGUGAGGACGAGAAGGUCUUCAAGUGGGCCAACGGUUUGGGCGAGGAGGGCCUUGUGGAAGAGGUUGUGACGGUCAGCCUGGGAACAAGAAACACGGAGGCGACCGCCACCAUGACACAGGGCGUGAGUGGUGUACUCAUGGCUCUACAGAGACUGGGAUCAAUCGCGUAA